UAUCGCAUUUCCAUGAUAAUACAUCAAAUGUUUUGAAUGAUUGCGGAAACCUAACUUCACACAUCUGAAAGAGAAUAUUUUAUAUUGAAUCUGUUUUUUUACAGUUUUAUUGUAUAUACCUUUUUUAUGAUUGCAAAGAUUAUUCCUGUGGCUAUACGGCUGAAAUGUUGACGAAAUGAUGUUGUGUAACACAAUCACUAACUGAAACAGGAACGCGGCUAUUGAGAUAACCUACAACGAUAACAUCAAACCCUAUUGUAAUAACUAACCUGGCCGUCUAUGUGAGCAUUGUCAAAACCUGUCAGUUCUCGUGUGUUUGACACAUGUGCAGGGCUGUAGGUCACCAGAUCCACUUUCUUACCUCUUACGAGCCGCAUAGACUGCAAGUGACCAAACAUAACCGGGAACUAGAUGUUUUAGAAUCAAUGCAGAAACUGAUCAUUGUUUUUGCAAGGAAAGGGCAUUGUUAUACAGGAUAUAUGAAGUCUACUGGUAUAAGUAUAUUUAAGCCUCGCUUAAUUGGAUAUGUGUUAAAUGCUUCUUCAAAACCGAUGUUAAACUGUUCGUGCUUGUGAAUUAUGUUACCUUUCUUUUGCCUCACAUCAUCAAUACCCCACGGGCUUGACAGCACUGCAUUCUUCUAUAUGAAGCAAUGUCAACACACAUCGUUCUUUACUAUAAGGUAGCAAUAUAGUGUAAAGACGGAAUAUAUAAAUAUUUAAAAGCACAAAUAUAUUGGCAUACAAAUAUAUAUAACUAUAAAUAAUAAAUACACAUAUAUAUUUGUGUUAGUUUUAAGCCACACACAAACCUACAAACAUAUGAGGCUAUGACAAUGCGAGCAUGUUAUUGAUUUUGCCAUGUAACCUGCCAAACAUAGCACUGACCAAAGAUAAUAGAACUUCAGGACAGAAGACGGAUCCUUGUCAGACAUUGAAGGCUUUUUUAGCAAUGGUUUUAAACUCACUAACGAGGCCGUAGAGUCAACUAAACAACUGCUAAACAAGGUAACGUCUUCUUUGGACAACCACACAGCAGAUGAGGAGUAGAGCUGACCGGACAGAAGAUCUACAAGUUACGACAUCAUCGGCUUCUUCUUUCAAAAGGAUGUUGCAGGAGUCUCACAUUGAGAAACAAUAUACGAGGACAGGCGUAGGCUUUGUACCUGCCAACCUGACCCACCUUUCCUCCGCAAUCCAGGGAGCAGGACUGAUAAGGUCAGUCACGUACUUCCCAACACAGAGGCCGGGAUAUGUACCAGGGGCUGACAGAUACAUUGCCAUCACACUGACACCUGCAGAAUUUCAAAAGGUCGCUGAUGUGGACAAGACGAUUUCCAGUGGAGAUGAAGCCAUUUCAUGUCCGCACCUUGAAUGGCACUGCAGUACAGCGAGUGACGACAUCACUGUAUCUGAUACUUUGGUAACAAAUGAAAAGCCCAAGACUCCGCCCAAAGACAUAGAAUGUCGAAAAAGGUCGUGGAGACGUCUGUUGACAUCAAGACCUUUGGUUAUCAGAGGUGGAAGCCGAGAGAUGUUUCUGGUGAAAGUCAGCUUCUCUUUGAAAAAAGGGUCACUGAGAAAAGAAGCAUGGUGUUUGAGACAGCAAUGAUUGCCAACCCUGCAGAUACUUGCUGGAACCAAUCAACUGGACUGAGUGUACGUAUCAUAGGAUGUCCAAAGCAUAAGCACCAGCUUUGUCUCUGGGUGAGGUUUGAUGGCAAACUCCUCUCUGAUAUACCUAUUGUUUGCAAUCAAAUUGGUAAGGCAGGUGCCUUACAUCUAGACACUCUACUGGGCGGUAGGAGCAGUAAGAUUUAUGUUGUUGACAUUGGCAACACUACAGUGAUUCAGUCUGUGACUGACACUGUGUGUGAAAGAAC